GAGAGAGAGAAUUUAGCCUUUAGAGAGAGAGAGAAAAUUUAGCCUUUAGAGAGAGAGAGAGAGGAGUUUAGGCACUUUGAUCCAUGGAGGAUCGGUGGGCAAGCCUCCCUCAAGAAAUCUUGAUCCACAUCUUCUCUCUCCUGAACCACUUCCAGUCCCUCCGCUCGCUCUCGCAUGUCUGUAAAUCCUGGCGCGAGGCCUCUCUGGAUUCCGCCUGUUGGGAUCCCUUGCACUUGUCUGAUCACAAAGCUUUCAUCUCCUCACUCCUCAAGGAAGAAGACAUUCUUGAUCGCACUGUGAACCAGAGGACCUUCUUUCUGCUCAAACGUUGUCGAGGCAAUGUCAAGUCCAUCUCCUAUCGCUUCAUCGCCAACGAUUCCAGUCUUCAUCAAAUUGUAGAGAGGUAUCCAUUAUUGGAGUCUCUGUCUCUGCGAAACUGCGCUAGUGUUUCAAGUAAAGCUGUGUGUCAAGUGCUGAAAUCAUGCAAAGAACUGAAGCUCUUGGAUCUCGGUGGAAGCUACUGCUUAAAUGCAAGAGCCAUUCAAGAAGUUGAGGGAAUGUGCCCUAAGCUUGUAGGGUUGAAUUAUGGAGGACACAUAAACUUGGAAAUGGGACAAGCUAUAGGGAAGAGCUUCCCAAAUCUCAAAUGGCUUAACCUUAGGGGAAGUGGCAUUGAUAGGUAUGGUCUGCAAAGUAUAUUGGAGUCCUGCAAGGGGCUGGAGUACCUUAAUGUGAUGGGGUGUCCUAGACUCACUCUAAGCAGUACACUCACUAACAAGGUUGCAGGCCUACUAGAGUUCAAGUGUUCACACUUCAGCUACUUCUACAACCAUGACCAUGGCAAUGACUACAACCAUGACCAUGCCUAUGGCUACAACCAUGACCAUGGCUAUGAUCAUUUUGGCUAUGACCUUUGGUAUCCUUGAGAGAGAGAGAGAGAGUGUGUAAAAACUAUAUGUACAGGGGUGGAUGGUGAAUAAGAUGCCUUAGUUUUAGGUGCCUCAUGGAUUCUAUAGAUGUUCAUGUUUAUGUCUAUUUUGGUACAAAAGGAGGUAAAAUAUAUAUUGGUUUUUGUUUUGGAAGA